AUGGAUCACAGACUCUCCAGAGGCAGUUGGGUGCCGGUGACUGGGCUGGUCAUAUGCCUUCUUCUGUGUGCGUGUGUAGUGGACCUGGUUCUUGCACAGAUUCGUUACUCCAUUCCCGAAGAACUAGAGCAUGGAGCUUUUGUGGGCAACAUCGCCGAAGAUCUGGGCUUGGACGUGGCCAAGCUGUCAGCCCGUCGGUUUCGUAUAGUCUCCGGCGCAAAGAAGCAGUAUUUGGAGGUGAACUUGGAGAAUGGCAUCCUCUUCGUUAACGAAAAAAUGGACAGAGAGGAGCUGUGUGAACGAAGCCCGAACUGUUUUUUACACUUACAAGUGGUUAUUGAAAACCCCUUAGAAUUGUACAGAGUUGAAGUGGAGAUUUUAGAUGUUAAUGAUAACUCUCCCAGUUUUCCCUGGACUGAGUUUAAUCUUGACAUCACAGAGUCAGCUGCGCCUGGCUCCCGUUUCCCGUUAGAGAGCGCACAGGAUCAGGACGUGGGCACCAACUCUCUGCGCUCCUACCAGCUGAGCGCAAACGAGCACUUCGUGCUGAACAUCCAGACGCGCAAUGAUGGAAGCAAGUUUGCUGAGCUCGUGCUGGACACCCCACUGGACCGGGAGCAGCAGAAAAAACACGAAAUGGUACUCACUGCCUUUGACGGGGGGUCACCGGAACGCUCCGGGACAGCACUGAUAACCAUCACAGUGUUAGACGCGAACGAUAAUGUGCCCGUGUUUGACCGCUCAGUUUACAGGGCGAGCCUGGUGGAGAACGCACCGAGGGGGGCACAGGUGCUGAAGCUGAACGCCACGGACUUGGACGAGGGAUCCAACGGUGAGGUGACCUACGCGUUUAGCGGGCACGCACCCCUAAAGGUGCGAGAACUGUUUAACGUGGACCCGUACACGGGUGAAAUCCGAGUGAAGGGCGUUGUGGACUAUGAGAAAGCCAGUGUUUAUGAACUGUAUGUGCAGGCUAAAGACAGGGGACCCUCGGCUGUGGCAGUGCAUAGCAAAGUGCUGGUGGACAUCCUGGAUGUGAAUGACAACGCGCCCGAGGUCAUCCUCACGUCAGUGUCGACUCCUGUGCAGGAGGACGCGCCACCAGGCACGGUGAUUGCUGUUAUCAGUGUAAUGGACCGGGACUCCGGGGAGAACGGGAACGUGGACUGCCAAAUUCCGAGCAACGUGCCCUUUCAGCUCCACUCAUCUUUUAAAAACUAUUAUACUCUGGUGACGAGCGAGUUUCUGGACAGGGAAGCGGUGUCCGAAUACAACAUCACCCUCACAGCACGAGACCUGGGCUCUCCUUCGCUCUCCACCAGGAAAACCAUCCUCGUGCAAGUGUCUGACAUUAAUGACAACCCCCCACGGUUCUCUCAACCUUCAUACACUGUUUAUGUGACCGAGAAUAAUGCCCCUGGCGCUUCCAUUUGCUCUGUGACUGCCUUCGACCCCGAUUCUAACCAGAACGCCUAUCUGUCUUAUUCUAUUCUCGAGGGUCAGAUUCAGGGCAUGCCCGUGUCCACUUAUGUCUCAAUCAAUUCCGAUAACGGCAACAUCUACGCACUGCGCUCCUUUGAUUAUGAGCAACUCAGAAACUUUCAGAUACUGGUUCAGGCGCAAGACGCUGGUUUCCCCCCUCUCGCUAGUAAUGUCACAGUUAACGUCUUUGUCUUGGACCAGAACGACAACGCACCUAUCAUUGUGUCCCCGCUGCCCAAAAACGGCACCGUGGCAGCAGAGGUGGUUCCUCGCUCAGUGGACGCUGGGUAUCUGGUAACCAAAAUAACUGCGUUGGACGCGGACGCAGGGCAGAACUCCCGGCUCUCCUACCAGGUGUUACAGGCUACGGACCCGGGACUGUUCAGUGUGGCUUUGUACACGGGAGAAAUAAGGACGAUUCGCCGGUUAGUGGAAAAAGACGCAACAAGGCAAAGGCUGGUUAUAUUAGUCAAGGACAACGGGCAGCCACCGCUCUCCGCCACCGUCUCCAUUGUCCUCACAGUGGUAGACAGCGUGCCUGAGUCGCUGUCAGAUUUCGGAGAUCUCACACUCAGCCCACAGCCCCCCUCCAACCUUGCUCUCUACUUGAUCGUGUCACUGAGCACAAUAUCUUUAAUAUUCCUGGUGGCAAUUAUCGUGCUGGCUGCGGUCAAGUGCUACAAGGACAGGGAGACCAUCAGUGGGUACAACCUCCCCCCGUUCGCAUGUUGCUGUUGCGGUGGGUUUCAGCCCGAUCCGCCCCCGGAGGUAUUCAAAAAAUCUAACCUCAACCUGCAGAUUUCCUCCGCGGCCAAAGUGCCAACAAACUGUAUGGAGGUGAACGGAAACAGCAGCCUCUCUCAGUCUUAUUGUUACAAAGUGUGCCUGACCCCCGAAUCUGCCAAAAGUGACUUUAUGUUUCUGAAGCCGUGCAGCCCCAGCAGCACACCGAGGAACAACGAGGCGAAGAGCGCUGAAAACUCGUGGAACGCGCAGAGCCGGAGCGCGUCUGUGAACAACGGAGCAACUACCCCCAGCGAGCUGAAGCAGCCAAACACAGACUGGACCCUUACAAAGAACCAGAACUCCUCCAUUAAAAGUUAUAACUCUAUCAACAUGGAUGGCACCCUCAUGCGUAAGGCCAUGCAUGCAGACCCAGAAAAUUAUGUUACAUCCAUGGCACCUGGACAGUAUUGGACCUGGGGAACUCAUAUGAGAGGCAUGAAAGAUUACAAGAUGUCUCCAUCAACCAGUGGUGUCCCCUCUCGCCCCUGGACUCCACGCUGCACACCUCCUCCCCAGCAGCAGCAGCCAUCCAUCCCCUCCCACCCUCACCCUCACCCUCACCCACACCCACACCCACAGCCACAGCCUCAUCCACACCCACACCCACACCCACACCAACACCCUCACCCACACCCACACCCACCACCAGACUAUCACCACAAUAUGUACAUCCCUGGGACCCCAUCAGGCUUUUGCACCCUGAGGCCUACAGCGCAGCGCAGUGAGCUGGACGUCCACAACUCCUUCUCCACUUUUGGCAAGAAGCGACGCCUUCAGAUGUCCCCCCAGGGAGAGGCUGCGAUGAUAAAUAAUGAUCUGUACAAUGAUUGAUGUGUCAAAGACUGCCUGAAUGGAUGAUUAAUAUGAUGGAAAACCUCAUCUCAACGCUGAGGAGGAGACCAUUUGGUAUAUAUAAUGAACAUUUAAUUUAGGUGGACUGAAAAACACAGAGGAUGUGCAAUUUAUUGAGUGAGAGCUAUAAUGAAUGAAAAGUUGAUUUAGGCUAAAACACUGAUGGGAAAUAAAGUAUUAUGUCUAUUUAUGUGACAUGCCACUUGAUAAAGGCCAAUAUAUGUGUCUGCCUAUAAUUAUUGUUGUUGUUAUUAUCCUUAUUAUUACCAUUAUUAUUAUUUAGACAAUCAAACUG